CGACAUUUCCGGAAGUAAAACACGUGUACUUGUUGAUACGAGUAGGUACGAAGUGUUUCAGUUUUCACCGCCAAUUACCCCGGUGGUAACGAUUGAGAUUCCGUUUGCGUGAGUGGUGACAAUAAUUCUUCAGGGGACAAGUCGAUUUAUUUCAGGUGCAGUGUGUUCCGGGAAUUGCAGUAUUGGCUAAGUCUUGCCCUGGCAGGCACCUGACAAUAGAGGAUGUAACCGAGGUCACUGGGACACCGCAAGGCUACAUGCAGGCGUGUAUGGACGGGGACGUCGUGUACUACAUCCUGCUGAUACCGAGCACCAUCAUCGUCGCCGUCUUCUGUAUCUUCCUCAACUGGAUGGGAAUCAAGUUCUUCCGACACAACUGAACAGUGGGGCCGGGAGCUGCUGUCGGGUACCUGAUUCAACAUGGGGAAGAAGAACAAGAUCAGCCAUGGUGUACGGAAGGAGUCAAUUUCACACAAAAUGGCCGGUGUCAAGAAAGCAAAGACAAAAACAAUCUCGACCAAUUUGAAAAAGAUGAAUUUCCACAACAAGACGAAAACGGCCAGCGCCGACAAAGAGUUUAGCGAGCUGCAUAAAGUGGUGUUAUCGGGGAAGGAGAAGAAACAGAAGUCUGUCAGGCAGACAGGGGCGAAACCGAUGACUGUGGACGCUCCACCUCCUCCCGAUGUGGACGCUGCGAUGGACAGUCUCGAGAGCUUGACCAUGCCUACCACCUCUUGACCGGAAACAUCUCCAUGAUCAUUUCCUGGAGUGGGGUUAAAUCAAUGCUGUAGUUAUUUUCAUAAAUCAUGUACAUAAAUGAUUUUGUUCA